UACCAGAAAAUUAAUCGGACAAUGUCAAUAAGUAGUUUAUGUAUACUUCAUAUCAUUGUUGCGUGUAAAUAAGGCUUGAAGGAUAACAAGUCAAAUCACUCAUUGAAUAUCAAAAAUAUAAAUAAGCAAGCUUUAUUAAGUAAAGUUAAAUGUAUAUAAGUUUAUCGUAAUUAAUGAAAGAAAAAAAAAUGAUAGCCUAGAUGGUAGAAAAAAGGCAAUAUAUGAAGAAUAUUAAUUAAUAAUAAAUGAUAAUUAUUGUAGUUAAGUAAAUUUGAAGUUUGAAGAUAUCAUGUCACGGUUUUGAGUAACACUAGUUCAAAAUACGUGAUUACCAAAAAAUAAUAAAGUUGGAAAUAAUAAAUAAAUCUAUUUACAAGAAGAGUAAUCACUGGAGUAUAUUUGUGAAUGCACAUAUCUAUGUAGAAAUGUUGGUAAUUGAAAGUAUAUUUUAAUGAAGAUUCAUUUGGGGGUAAUCGUGACAGAAACAAUAAUAUUUGAACAAAUUAAUGUUAAUAUAAAGAUAAAUAUAAUAAAUUUAAAUAAGUUGUACUCGUAAGGACUGACUUGCAUUUCGUUUUUCGCCGAGACUGAUAGAAAACUAUAUAAAGAUAGUCGUAAAGUAAAGUUAAAUAUAUUUGAAUUUAAAUAUAAUAAAGCGAACGUCAAUAUAUGAACUGGAGCAACUGUUAAAACUUUAAACGAGGGCUGUAAAAAGAAGAAACUGAAGAAAAAUAGUUAAAUAAAAAAGCGUAUAUAGAACAAAAAAAUAUCGCAUUAAAAAUGUACGAAGGAGGAAUUACUACUGAUCAGCAGAUUUCAACGCUGGUAUCGCACCGAGAAAGGCCAUUAUGCUCCGACCGCAGUCUACGUGCUGUGGCACGAGUUGGCCAAGCGGUGAAUCUUGCUGUAGAGAGAUUUGUUACCGUCGGGGAAACAAUAGCAGAUGACAAUCCUGAAAUCAAACAGACCAUGUAUGACGCUUGUAAAGAAGCUAGAGUUGCUGGUGGUGCCAUUGAAAAACUGUGUGAGUGCGCGAUGGAGGACAGUUUAGCAGACAGAGGAUCCGUUGUGAGGGCGGCGAGGUGUCUUUUGGGCUCGGUCACCAGGGUUCUGCUCCUGGCGGAUAUAGUGGUUGUUAAACAACUGCUAUUAGCCAAAGACAAAGUGGCCCGCAGUCUCGGGCGACUCGAAAGCGUUUCAAACUUUACUGAAUUCGUAAAAGCAUUCAGUCAGUUUGGGGCCGAAAUGGUCGAGCUUGCACAUUUGACCGGGGAUAGGCAGAAUGAUUUAAAAGAUGAAAGACGGCGAGCACAAAUGGCUGCAGCCCGGCAAGUACUUGAGCGAAGCACAAUGAUGCUUUUGACGUCAAGUAAAGCUUGUUUACGGCAUCCCGAGUGUCCCUCGGCUAAAGAAAACCGAGAUACGGUAUUUUGCCAAAUGAGAAGGGCCAUGGACUUGAUUCAUUAUGUCGUGAAGGACGGAGUGCUUGACUGCAAUGAAUCUCAGUCUUACUCAAACGCACAGAGUCCUCAGCAACAAGAUUGGGACAGCAGCACAGUCAGUUCAGCGCUGAAAAAUUUUGAACGCAUGGUUGAAACCACUAGAAUGACGUUAAAUUUACCUGAGUGUAGAGAAACGUUGACUUCAACGAUUGACACAGUAGUUGAGAGGACACAAGACUUUACGGAUAGCGCGUACACGAGUCAUGAGCAUCGCGAAAAUAUUUUACUGCUUUGUGAUCGAGUGAAACUUGAACUAAAUUCACUUUUGAGAGUUGGUAAUAGCAUGCAAAACUAUGAAAGCGGACCAACAUCACCGAAUUCGGAAUUAGAUCAAGCGGUGUUGGGAGUAUUAAAAGCUACACGUGAUUUACGGUUGCAAUUAGCGACCACGACAAUGGAACAGGCUGGUGAUCUUGGACAAGUUACUAAAGCCGGACAAGAAUUAGUAUCGACAAUUCGUAAUCUCGCUUUAGCCAGUGAAAUUGACAGAUUACAGGAGAGUAGCGAUCGAUUUCACGAGUACAUUGAGCAUAUUCUCGAAGUAUGUAAAUUAUUAAGACACAUUGCACUGUCAGAAUCAUUACAAGUAUCAGCGAAAUUCACCGAAAUAAACUUGCGUAUUUACGGACCGCAAGUUGUUACCGCAGCUCAUACAUUGGCUCGUUAUCCCACAAGCAAAAUCGCCAAAGAAAACCUCGAGGUGUUUGCUGACAUGUGGCAAUGGCUUAUGUCUGACGUGACAACUGUGGCCAAAGACGUGCUAGAGCUCUGUCAAAGUCGCCCGGAAAAGCAAGUUUAUAUGUCAUUACCGCGUCCAGGCAAACACGGAACAACAAGCAAGCCCUUGAAGCCAGUGCGACUAGACAGCGAAGAACAAGCGAAAAUCGCCAAAGCCGGGCUGGAAAUGAAGUUGAUCACCUCGGAGAUGGACGCAGAGACGGAAAAGUGGCAGGAGAGCGGAAACUCACAGCUAGAAGAAAAUAACGACAUCGUGAAACGGGCAAAAAAUAUGUCUUCCAUGGCCUUCUCGAUGUACCAGUUUACACGCGGAGAAGGUGCACUAAAAACUACCCAGGACCUGUUCACCCAGGCAGAGUACUUCGCCGAGGAGGCUAAUCGUUUGUACAAAGUCGUGAGACAAUUUAGUUACCAGGUCCCUGGUGGUCCUAAUAAGAAAGACCUGCUGGAGAAUCUCGAUCGGGUGCCGACUUAUGUCCAGCAGCUUCAAUUUACCGUGAAAAAUCCGACGGUUGGAAAAGCCGCAACCUUUACUAAAGUUGACAAUGUUAUACAGGAGACGAAGAAUCUUAUGAAUAUCAUAUCAAAAGUGGUUACUACCUGCUUCGAAUGCGCAACAAAGUACAAUCUAGAUUUCCGCGGGUUAUCAGCCCGAGGGUCUGGCGGAUCACCCUACCGAGGAGGUGACAAUUCCGGAGAUGGAGACGGUACCGGAGUUGGAGCUGAUGGCAGUAAAAGUGGAUCAGCCCCCGGCAGCGACCCGUCUGUCUGACAGUUUGGUAUGGCCCGACGGGCCAAAGGAGACACACGGCGAACACGAGUUUCCUUUUUGUUAUUUUAAACAAAUCGGAAAUUUCGUCAUUGUUGUCUUUCCACCAUUCAGCUUCCGUCUUCUCAGGCUCCGUUUAUUUAUCGUUAUACCUUUGGGUUAUACUUAAUUAUUAAUUAAUAUUCGAUUCGGUAUAAAUUAUAUUUAAUUCGUAGCUAUAAGCAGAUAAUUUAAUUUUUAAUUACAAUUAGUUAUAAGCUGUUAUUUAUUACUCUUAGUUAAUUUAUUUUAAUUUCAAUCAAAAUUUAUCUAUUCGGUCAAUCUGAUUAAUGUUAACGAUUGUUUACUAAUUCGAGUCGCCUGCGAGCUACAUAACAUUCAUAAUACUUAAUAAUUAAUGAUAAUUAGGUUUUUUUAAUCAUUGUUCACUCCGAGCAUAGCUAGAUUGACUAGAUAGGCGCAAUUAGUUUUUAAUAAAUAGCUAUAACUAACAAAUUUCACGGGACGAUCAGUGAUACGACGUCGGUGGUCACAUAAUAAUAAUGAUAAUGACAUUAAUAAACGAUAACAAACAACAAAUUGUAACAUUAAUAACAAUAAUUUUUUUGUAAUCUGUACAAUUAAUAUUUAACUGUCUUUCAAAGCAUGCAUGAAUUUUUUUUUGUUUAUAAAUCUAUUGAUAUUGAAUUUAAAUAUCAAUUUUUUUAUAAAUAUACGAGUGAAAAAAAAGAUAUAAUUGAGUUUGUAAAAAUUUUUUACUGACACACUUCUUAAAUAUCAGUAUGAUAUUUUGUGUAUAAAAAGUAUAAUUUAGUCAAAAUAAUGAAUAUUUUUCACAGUAAAAAAAAAUACAAAUAAAAUGGAGUGCUCGAAUGUAAUAUUGUUUUUUUUUUAUAAAAAUACAUGUUGAGUAAGAAAACUAAUGUAUUUCCGGAAUUUUUAUUCAAAAAAAUACAAAAUAUCUCUUUUGAGGUAUUGUUAUGUUUAGGUAUUCGACUGCUCUACCGAGUUAGCGAGUUUGGUGAGCCAAAUAUGAUGAACGCAUUUAUUUCAUUCCACAUUGUUUUGAAAUAUUCCGAAUUACUCUUCUACAUUUUUUUGAAACUUAAAAGUUUGUUUAUUUUUAGUUACAUUUAAAAAUUUUAAAGAUUAUUUUCUAUCCGUUUUUAUUGAGGCACUCCAUUUUGUUUGAACAGAAAAUAAAUUUAUAUCAAUGAAUUUUGUCCCUGUUACCCGUAAAAGUAAUAGUAAUAACCCAAAUUUAAUAUAUUUUAUUUUGAAAAGAGCAACUGGAUAAUAAAAUACCGUAGUAUUAUAAAUUGUUGUAGCAAAAAGAAACUAAAAAAACAAAUUUGUAUACAAAAAGUUGCUCAACUAAAAGUAGCUUAGGACAUCGCGUCACGUAAGCUUAAAAGUAAAACCGUGGUGGUUGCUAUGAAUUCUUAAAAGGAAAAGUUACUUUUAACCGUUUGCUUGCUUCCGAUAAAAUAAUGAUAAUAAAAUUAAUUUGUAGAUUUAUUUGGAUGGCGAAAUAACAAAUCUACACAAAUACGCAACACUUUGAAAUAUUUUGACAAUUAAAUUGAAUUUAAAAACUUUCUAUUGACUUGAAUUUAAAAAUUUUAAUUGAUCAACAAUCUUUUUUGAGCUUUUUAUUAAUUGAUAAUUAAUUAUAAUGAAUUAAUUAUAAUGGAACAUUUAACGCAUAUUAUUAGCCGUCCAUAAACGGAUCUAGUAAUUAAAUAUAAAAUAAUAAUUUAUUUGAAUAAAACAGUCAUUUAAAAAUUAAUAUAUUAAUUACUUAUAUAUAUAUUUAUUGUAAUAUUAUUGUAUUGUAUUAUAUAAAUUUUGAAAGGCAAUCACCGAUAAUAUUAAAUGCAAGAUUGAUUGAAUGAUAAUCAAUAAUAGUAAAGGCGCAACUCUCAUUUAAUUGUCUAAGACACCACGAAAACUUAAACUCAGCGUUAAUGAUACUGUAAUAAUAAUUUUAAUAAUAAUUAUAAUAAUAAUAAUAAACAAAUAUAUGAAUAAUAAUGUACAUGACGAUCAGAGAGCACUAAUUAGAAUGUCACACACAAAUAUACACGACCAAGAUUUUUUAAUGAGACAUUUAAUGUGAAGUAGAAAAAAAAAACAAAUAAUGAAAACUAAACAAAUGAAAAUUAUAAUUUUUUUCCAAUGGAUUUAAAGUAAUAAGAAUUUAUAUAUUUGAAUGACGACUGAAUUUGAAUGAUUUAAUGAAUCAGACGAACCGAACUACUGAUUAAUUAUAAAUGAAAAGAUAUAAAAAUGAUAAUAAAUUAUAAAAUAAUAAUUAGUUUAAAAUAAUUACGAAUUUACAUAAUUCUGUGAAAGUAGCUGAGCAGCAGUGCCGAUUCAAAAAUUUUAUUUAGAUAAAAAAAUUAUAAAUGAUAAUUAACUUAAAUUUACUGAACAAAUACAAUUGUCUGAGAUUUUUUUUUAAAGACUUUUAAAUAUUUGUAAGUAAAUUAUUUAAUAACAAAUAUUUAUAAUUAACAAGAUUUAAAUCACUUUAAUAAUAUUAAUAAUAUUUGAAUUUUCAUGUUUAAUAUUGUUAUUAUAUGGGUAAUUAGUUAGGUCGUUUAAUCCUAUGGUGCGAAAGUAAAUUCACUAGUAAAUUUGUUUAAAUUUAACUUUUUAGGUACUUUAGUUACUUACUUUUAUCUAAUCAAUUUAUAACAAUCGACAAAUGCACGUUUUUGAGCUUUAUCUUUCCAUACUAACUAUUAAUUUAUCUUCAAUUUUUAAAUAGGCUGGAAAAUGUUUGAUCAUUAUACUGUAAUUUUUAUUUAAAAAUCAGUUAAAGGCGAGAAAUAUAAGAAGGUUCAAAAUAAUUUUUUCCGGUUAAAAAAAAAAAAAAUUUGUAAUAAUGAUCAAAAAUUUUUUGGCUGAUUAUAGAAAUCUAAACAUAAAAAAUUACUCUAAAUUGUACGGCCUAACGUCUAGAUUAUUCAAACUAAAUAUCUCAAUUCUUAGCUAUCAAAAAAUUCAUAAACUAAAUAAAAGUAUAAUCGAUAAUGUAAAUGAGAAUUUGAUGGGGAUAGAGUGUAAAAUAACCGUAGAUUUAUUAUUUGGAGCACAAAUAAUUUUCGUAUAACUAAGAUAAUAACUAAAAGUUAAUUUUUGAACGUAUAUAACUAUCGAUUAUUAUUUAAUAAAUUUAUCUGCGCAUAUAAUUAAAUGUAAAUUGAAGCAAUAAUGAAGCUCACAUUCAAAAUGUAUGUAAACACAAUAUACGCUUAUCAUUAAUCGUUUGUAAGUAUAUAAUAAAAUAAUAAUUAAUAGAUAAUCGGUAAUUAAUAUACGAUUCGAUAUUGUGCACCACUCGAUUGAUUGAAUUAGAAAAAAACAUUGUUAUUAUCAUUAUUUUAAAAUCCUAAGGCACUAUUAUUGAUAUUUAAAAAGUGACGAACGUGCCUUAUAAGUUUUAUAUGCGACAAAAUAGAUUUCAUUAGAUUAUUUAUUUAGAUUAUUAUUUUACAUUCUAUUAAAUCAAAUUCUCGUUUUUUAUUUAUAUAAAACAGUAAUAAAAAUAAUUUUUCAAGUAAUAUUAAUAUAAAAAAAGUAAUAAAAACAAAUGAAUAAUUAUUAAAUGAAAAUCCACAAUUUGGAAGCCUCGAUUCAACGCAAAAGUAUUAAAUAAAUAAUUAAUAAUAAUAUUUAUGCUAAUAAUAAUAAAAAUUUACGUUAUUGUUGUGCAGACUGAUGAAACAAAUGUUUAUUAACAUAUAAAUAUAAUAAUAAUAAUAAAAUAAUAACAAAGAAUAAUUGUAGUAAAACAUUUCUUCUUGUUAUUAACUAUACAUUAGUGAUAUUAAAACAAAUAUCUGGGGGUAUGAACAUUUUACGUUUCCAUUAGUGCGUAAUGAGUAAAUACAAAAUAAUGCCGGCGAAAGAAGAUGAAAAUAAUAAACUUAAAAAAGUAGAUGGAAAUGUGGAUUUAAAAUAAUGUGUGAGAUAAAGUUAUUAAUUGAGAAUUUGAAACUACAAAAAAAACACCAAUAUUAAUACUAAUACUAAAAAAAAAUUAUAAUCCUUCACUUCUUCUCUUCUCGUUUUUUCUGUCUACAUAUAUCAAUAUUAAUAUACAUACAUACAAACAUACAUGUAUAAUAAUAUAUCAACAUGAUAACUUGGGCGUUCUUAAAAAUUUUUAUUUCUGAAAUUAAUUAAAAUAAACGCAAUACGUAACAUCUAGUGUUCAUUCUGCAUGAUUUGUGAAAACUUUCUCUGAUAAUGAUAAUAAAAACAAAAAUAAAUAAAUAAUUAAAAAUCUGUUA